GUCCAGGAAGUAGGAGGUGGGGAGAACUGGCAAAGUUCCCUGCCACCCCCAUUUUCCAGAUGACGCGACUGAGGCCCAACCAGCUUUGUAAGGAGGCGGAGUUUCCCUAGGGUCCCUCUCAAGCUGUCCUAGGGGAGGGGGCUCUGCGAACCACGUGGCCCCUCCCUGCCUCUCACUUCAUCUCCCGACAAGCUCCAGAGGGGCGGGGAGAGAGCAGUGGAGGAGGAGGAACUCGGGCAGCUCUGCAGAAGGGGCCAAGAGCUCCGGUGUGUGGUACCCCCAGCCUCAACGCUGUUGCUGCUGCUGCUGCAGCGAGGACACAGAGCUCUUCAGAUAUGGACCAGGCUUCCUAAGCCCAUCCAGAUUAUAGACAACAUUCUCCAGGCUAUUCUUGGCAGCACUAGCCACUCCUGAGCCCAAGGUCUCUCCAAGCCUCCACCAUCCUGGAGAUAGCCACAUUCUCCUAAUCACCACACUCCUAACUCUCCGUGGGCCUGGGGAGCUGCAGGAUGGCGGCAGGUGUGGCCACAUGGCUACCAUUUGCAAGGGCCGCAGCAGUGGGCUGGCUGCCCUUAGCCCAGCAGCCCCUACCCCCUGCACCGGAGGUGAAGGCAUCCCGAGGGGAUGAGGUUCUGGUGGUGAAUGUGAGUGGUCGGCGCUUUGAGACCUGGAAAAACACACUGGACCGCUACCCAGACACAUUGCUCGGCAGCUCAGAGAAGGAAUUCUUCUAUGAUGCUGAAUCAGGCGAAUACUUCUUUGAUCGUGACCCAGACAUGUUUCGACACGUGCUGAACUUCUAUCGCACAGGCCGGCUGCACUGUCCCAGGCAGGAGUGCAUCCAGGCCUUUGACGAGGAACUGGCCUUCUAUGGCUUAGUCCCAGAACUUGUGGGUGACUGCUGUCUUGAAGAGUACAGGGACCGCAAGAAGGAGAAUGCAGAGCGCCUGGCAGAAGAUGAAGAGGCAGAGCAGGCUGGGGAAGGUCCAGCCCUUCCAUCAGGCAGCUCCCUACGACAGCGACUCUGGAGGGCCUUUGAAAACCCACACACGAGCACUGCAGCACUCGUUUUCUACUACGUGACUGGUUUUUUCAUAGCUGUGUCAGUCAUUGCUAAUGUAGUGGAGACCAUCCCAUGCCGUAGCCCUGCGUUGCGGCCUACGUCAGAGCAGCCCUGUGGUGAACGCUUCCCGGUGGCCUUUUUCUGUAUGGACACAGCCUGUGUCCUCAUAUUCACGGGGGAAUACCUUCUGCGGCUCUUUGCUGCUCCCAGCCGCUGCCGCUUCCUGCGUAGCGUGAUGAGCCUCAUCGAUGUGGUGGCCAUCUUGCCCUAUUACAUCGGGCUUUUUGUGCCCAAGAAUGAUGAUGUCUCUGGUGCCUUUGUCACUCUACGUGUGUUCCGGGUCUUCCGAAUCUUCAAGUUCUCCAGGCACUCGCAGGGUUUGCGGAUUCUGGGCUACACCCUCAAGAGCUGUGCCUCGGAGCUGGGCUUUCUCCUCUUCUCCCUCACCAUGGCUAUCAUCAUCUUUGCCACUGUCAUGUUCUAUGCUGAGAAGGGAACAAGCAAGACUAACUUUACAAGUAUCCCUGCUGCCUUCUGGUAUACCAUUGUCACCAUGACCACACUUGGGUAUGGAGACAUGGUGCCUAGCACCAUUGCUGGUAAAAUUUUUGGGUCCAUCUGCUCACUUAGUGGUGUCUUGGUCAUUGCUUUGCCUGUGCCAGUCAUUGUGUCCAACUUUAGCCGCAUCUACCACCAGAACCAGCGUGCUGACAAGCGCCGGGCACAGCAGAAGGUGCGCCUGGCAAGAAUCCGAUUGGCAAAGAGCGGUACCACCAAUGCCUUCCUGCAGUAUAAGCAAAAUGGGGGCCUUGAGGACAGUGGCAGUGGGGAGGGACAGGCGCUGUGUCUUAGGAGCCAUUCUGCUUUUGAGCAGCAGCACCACCAUCUGCUGCACUGUCUAGAGAAGACUACGUGUCAUGAGUUCACAGAUGAGCUAACCUUCAGUGAGGCUCUUGGAGCUGUCUCACUGGGUGGUCGCACCACCCGUAGUACCUCAGUAUCUUCCCAGCCAAUGGGGUCUAGCAGCCUUCUAUCCUGCUGCCCUAGAAGGGCCAAGCGUCGAGCCAUCCGCCUCGCCAACUCUACUGCCUCUGUCAGCCGCGGCAGCAUGCAGGAGCUCGACACUCUAGCAGGGCUUCCGAGGAGCCCUGCCCCUCAGAGCCGCUCAAGCCUCAAUGCCAAGCCCCAUGACAGCCUUGACCUGAACUGUGACAGCCGGGACUUCGUGGCUGCCAUCAUCAGUAUCCCUACCCCUCCUGCCAAUACACCAGAUGAGAGUCAACCUUCCUCUCCUGGUGAUAGUGGUGGAAGUGGUGGUAGAACCAACACUACCCUCAGGAACUCCAGCUUGGGUACCACCUGCCUUCUCCCUGAGACUGUCAAGAUCUCUUCCCUGUGAGGAAUGGGCCUGCCCAUUCAGAGGGCCUUCUUUAUUCUUGGAAACUCCUUUCCAAAGCCAUAUUUUGGGGAGGCAGAGAGGGGAAGACUUGGGGACCCCUUAUGCCUCCUGCCAGGAACUAUGCAAUGGAGUUUCAUGGAAUGGCCUAUCUGGUGAGGAAGUAGCUAGGGAAUGGAAAAUUUCCCUCAGUCCAGACAGUUUUCCUGGUGGGAGUUGAAACGCUGAGACUCCAUAGGCCCCUUGCCUCCUUGCUCCAGCAUUCUGGGACUGGCUUCUCUCUCCUAGCUGGCCUCUUGCAUGCUUCUCCCCUUGAGCCCUCAGAGACAGGUUAAAGCUUUUUGUAGCCUAACAUUUGAGAGCAACUCUCUUCUCUUUGGUUGUGCAAGUUUGGGGGUUCAAGAGAACCCUUAACUUUCAUUUAGCCUCUAGUGGGCAAGGCCUUUGUCAUUCAACAGGCACAGCAAUCCCCAGAUUUGGAAGCUUGGAAUGCAAUCAUGAGCUGACUUAAUGGCCUGUGGCCUCUUAGUAACCUGUUACCAUCCAGCUUUGGCUGAGAGGUCAGACUGCUUCUUCUAACACAGAGAUAGCCCAAACACCACCACCCCCUUUCCUGGCUGCUAGAAGUGAGUUCCUGCCACCUGUCCUCUGCUGGGCCGCCAGCAAAUUCUAGCAAUUGCAGCGGCUGCCAAAACAGUACACAAAGCUUCAGACCAAUUUGCUACAGCAUAUACAUCUGCUUUGAUCAGAUGGGCCACAUGUAACUACUCUCUUUUCUGGGUUUGUGGGUUGGUCUGGAGUCUGGACCUGCUGAGAUAAGAGACUAGCAUCCUGCAAGAGCUGGGCUGGGUGUUGACAUCAUAGAUGAUUUCAUAUUUUUGGGCAGGAGUCCAGAAAUGUUAUGGGCAGAGACCUGGGUUGUUCCUGAACCCUGGGAGAAUAGAAGAGACUUCUUGAUUGCCUCCUUCUCCCUUGUGACUACUUUCCACAUUGUCUUCUCCUCCUUCAUGGCUCACCUUCUGGAUCUGUGUGCUCAGACUGAAAUCUCUCAUUAUCUCAGGUUCCCUGUCUCUAGCUCUGUCCCUCUGAAGCUGUCAGUUGAAAAAGAUGAAGUUUUCAUCAGUCAAUAAAACCUGAGAGAUGUGGA